AGACAUGAAUCAUCACUAUUUGAAGACAAACAUGCUGUGAGUCACGUCAGAAGCAGGAUCCAUGUUGCUUUCUUCCCAGUUAUUGCUCAACAGAUUAGAGCAUGCACAGGCUUUCAACAUGUUCCUGAAAAGGAAAUUGUGUAACAUCGUCCAGAGAAGAGGAAGUCAGAGCUGAGCCUAAAUCAAAGAAUUAAAAAAAAAAAAAAAAAAAAAAAAAAAAUCAGCAUGAAAAUGAUGUUUUUGCAAUAUUUCCACGUGGCCUGAAGAGACUGCUGCUCAUUUUGGAGAACUGGAACAUCAGGCUGAUGUGGGUCAGAGCUGUUGAGUCAUUGGCUGAGCUGAAUGGCCGACCCCUCUGAGCUGCGUGCAGAGGUCAGAGGUGAUGUUUCCUCUCUUAACUCGGCUCUGCAGUCUAAACGCUGUCAUCCUUCCUCUGCCUGUCGCCGUGUCUCUGCUGAUCUCUGAGUCAUGGGCCUACGUCCGUCACUGGGAAACUUUGUGGCUUUUCUCUACCUCUAUGGGAUCUGUGGAGGAUCAAUACCAGAGAACUGUACUAAUGUUCCGCUCCAGAUUGAGAAGGUCUUCUCUGUUCCUGGGCAAGUAGCCAUGCUGAAUAGUACCCUGGCAUCUUCAUAUGUCUUCAAUAUCUCCACUAUUCCAUACAACAUCACCUGGUACAGAGCAAAGACGGGCCAAGAGAUGAGCAACCAGACAGGUCGCAUCAUCGUGCUGGCACAGACUCUGUGGAUUCUUAACAUAAAGAUGGAAGAUGAUGGAGAAUAUGUGACCAUCUUGAGAACUCCGACUUGGUGCUACAGACAGGCCACCAAGCUGAUUGUGGAGGAGCCAGUCACUUCAGCGUGUGAGAAGCCGCGCAAAGCUGAUCAGAUCCUCAUGAAUGGAGUCACUGAUGUUCUGUCCUGCCCUCUGCACAAUUAUGUCAAGAAACUGGAUUCUUACGGCAUCUCAUCUUCCAUCACAUGGCACAGGGGCUGUGACCUUAUCAAGGAUGGUACAGGGAAGUUUACCUAUUGGGAUAAAAAGCUGAAGAUUGACAACGUGGAUACAGAGAACAAAGGCCUCUACACCUGUACUUUGAAUUUCACCCUAGAUGGCUUUGAAGGAUCUGUAUCAGAGACAAUUAAUGCAACGGUCAAAGUUGAAUACGAUCUGGUUCCACAAGUGCAUGAACCUGCAAAUGAAAUCAUCAAGGCAGAACAUGGAUCCAGUUUUAGGAAGAUGUGCAGGGUCUUUGUGCCAUCUGUUGGGACUGUCCCCGACAUUGACAUUUUUUGGUUGGCCAGAGGUCGGUUCGUCAGUGAAGAACCUUCUGACCGCGUCCACAUGGCAGAACAGGGUUUGUCAUACCAUGCAGUCCCAGGGAAAGGAGUGUGGUUCCAGCGCCUGCUGAAGUUCUCUCGACUGAUGGAAGAAGAUUUCCACAUAAACUACACUUGUCGGGCGCACAGUGACCGAGGAAAUCCUGAGGGAUAUUUUACUCUUCUGCCAGCAGAUCCCAACAUCAUACUUCCUGUUGGAUUAGUGCUGAUUACCGUGAAGGUUCUGUUUGCCAGCAGUAUCAUCAUCUACUACCUUUUCAAGAUUGACAUCAUCUUGUGGGUCAGGAGAGCAUUCCCCUUCCUCUACACCAACAAAGAUUUAGAUGGGAAGCUGUAUGAUGCCUACGUGGUGUACCCACAGCAGUGUGAGGAGGGAUUCAGCGAGGACAUCCAGACGUUUGCUCUCCACGUUCUACCUCAAGUGCUGGAAGCAAAAUGUGGCUACAAACUCUUCAUCGCCGGCCGCGACUGCGUGCCUGGACAGUCUGUUAUGGAAUCAGUGGAGGAGAACAUACAGGCCAGUCGCCGUCUCCUCCUGCUCUAUGACGCAUCCACGUUCAUGUACAGACAACGCAAGAGCAGGACGAGCUGCAUUAAUAACAACAUAUCACAAAAAAACAGUGAGAGCGAGGAGAGUAACACGAAUGAAAGUGGCACCAGCUGUAUUGAUACUGGUGAUGGAGGAGGUCCAGAUGUGAGGCAGCAGCUGGAGUGUAUAAUAGCGAUGCACAGAGUGCUGCUGGAAGGAACUCUGAAGGUGGUUCUGGUGGAGAUGGAGGAGAUGAGCCCGGCCCAGUUGGCUCUCCUCCCAGAGUCUGUGCGUUACCUGAGGAAGUGCCAAGGCGCCGUGUGCUGGUGGAAGAACCGCAGGACGAGACGAACAUGGAGGACAUGCGUGAAGGGGAAAGAAGAGGAGGACAGACGUGGAGCUGAGGCAGAGCUGUCACCAUUCCUCUCCUCUUCCUCCAACUUUUGGAAGGAACUGAAGUACCACAUGCCAGUCAGGGGCAAGAGGGCGGUGUACCCCUCGAAAACUGCCCUGCUGAACGUGUGACGGACAGCUGAUGGACCGCAGAGCCUGUUUUCCAGUGACAGUGCGCCAUGCUCCCAGCUGGCACCUUUUUUUUUUGCAAAAUUC